AUGUCGUCUUGGAAACUGGCGGCGGCGUUUGCCCUUGUCGGUCUUCGAGCCGUUGGAGCUCAAAACUGUACAUUCGAUUCGAUAACGCCCUCGCGGGACCUCGUUUGGUGCUCUUGCGAGGGCCACUUCUUCUGUGCCAAGCUCGAUGUGAGUUAUCUGUCGCACGGGAUCCCCCCCUUAAUCACUAACUCAAUCUCCCAGGUGCCUCUCGACUAUCAGAACCCGAGUCUUGGUAGAGCUUCUGUUCCCUUGAUCAAGAUUGCCGCCACCGCUGGAUCUCCAGAUGGCCCUUAUCGAGGUGCCAUUCUCAUCAACCCAGGAGGACCGGGCGCAUCGGGCGUUGAGUUGGCGCGGAACAAUGGUACCACGGUCCAAGUCGCAGCCGGUUCCAACUUUGACAUUAUCGGCUUUGAUCCCCGCGGCGUCGGGCUCAGCGAGCCGCGGCCCAACUGCUCGGCAGGCAUCCCGAAACACCAGAGCGGUGCCCUAUCUGGACGAGAUGCCCCGCGGGUCGUGGAUGCUUACUACCAGCAAUUCAUCGACUUUGGCAAGGAGCUCGGCAAGAAGUGUCAGGCUCAGACUGGCGCCGACACUGAAGCUGGCCCUCACAUGACGACCGCGGUCACCGCGCGCGAUAUGCUCAGCAUUGUCGAAGCCUUUUCUGCUUCUCCUGAUGGCAACCGUACGGUGCUGGACUCUAGUAAGCUCAACUACUACGGCGUCAGCUACGGCACCAUGCUCGGUCAGACGUUUGCGUCAAUGUUCCCCGGUAGAGUCGGCCAUGUAGCCAUCGACGGAGUGGUCGAUCCAGCCAACUACCAGGCCAACUUUACUUCGGGUUCUAUCUACCACCUCGACGGCGUUUUAGGGGCGUUUUUCGUGUACUGCCACGCCGCAGGUCCAGAUGUCUGCUCUUUCUACUCAGGAAACACCCCAAAGGACAUUUUUAGUCGAUGGAAUGCUUCAUUCGUACAGCUAGAUCCCCAAAGGGCCGAGGCAAAGGGAUGGGCGAACGCUACUGACAUUGGUUUGGCACUUGUGACACUGAAAGUCAGCAUCCUCAGUGCGGUGGUACAACCACUGGCUGAGUUCAGAAGAAUCUCGGACGUCUUCGUUGCCUUGGAGAAGGCUAUCUCGUCCAGCGCUAUUGCUGCUUGGACAGAGCAGACGAACGCAAUCUACGGCGACCCCAACGUGGGAGGAUACGUGAACCCCGAACAAACCCUUGGAGUUCUGUGUUCUGAUCAGAGCAACGUCUGGUAUGGGAAGUCACUUGAGGAUAUCCAGCCUCUCUUGGACGGGCUUAAGGACAAUAGUAUCGUGGGAGAAGUCUGGUCCAGGGCCAUGCUCGGAUGUCUCGAAUGGCCCAUUAGAUCUAACGACGUCUUCAGAGGCCCGUAUGGAGGCAACACCUCCUACCCGAUGCUGUUCGUAAGCAACACAUUUGAUCCCACGACGCCUAUUGAGAACGCCAUCUUGAAUGCGCCCAAGUACGUGAAUGCUAGGAGAGUCACUAUCGACGGCAUGGGUCACACCACUACUGCCACAAACAACAGGUGUGGUUUUGGUGCCAUUCGGUCUUACUUCCAGGAUACUAUGUGUGGCAAAGAACACUACUGCCCAUUGGAGCUAGGCCCCUUCAAUGUUCAGUUGAAUGGAACGAUCCAGGAAAACCUUGAGACUGCUGGGCUAUCCAACCUGCGCAGCCUUUACUGA